GUCAGGACAUCACUGUGAUAAUGGACUUGAGGAGUGCAUUUCCAAAUUGUGUGUGCAUGGAAUACACAUAGAAAAUGAACCUGACUUUGGCUCAGAAUGUUUAUGCAUAUCUGGAUUUGUGGCCUGCUCCACUGGGCUUUUUUGUGGUGCUGAAAUAAGCAGAAUUACCUGUUUACCUCUUGUCUCUCAAAGAACGGAUGUCAUUUCUACACAAACAUAUACAGUAUCUGCUUCUGACACUUCAAUCAGUAGCUUUCCAUCAGCAAGGGCUACAAGACUGUGGACCAUCAUGAAUACUAACCCAGAUGAUCCAGAUUGGACAUAUUAUACAGAUUAUCUGACCUUAACAUCUGAUUUAAAAGAAGAGCUUACAACUUCUUCAGAGUGGCCCAAAUGGGAACUUCAGCCUAGUGUGCAUGAUUGGGAAUCUUCUGCUGCAAGCCAGAGGCUUUCCAUCACUAGAUCGCUUACUUUGUCUUCACUGGAGUUCAUUCCAACACCUCUUCAGCUGACGAUUUCUGACUCCACAGAUUUCAGAUGUAUUUGUUAUUAUGGAGAUUCCUAUCUAGAAUUUCGGAAUGUGUUGUUAAGUCCACAAAGUAACGUAUCACUAGAAUUUCAUACCUUCAACUCCUAUGGACUCCUGCUGUAUAUCAAGCAAGACUCAAAUUCAGUUGAUGAGUUUUUUAUUCAAUUAUUUAUUGAAAAUGGUACUUUAAAGUACCACUUUUUCUGUGCUGGUGAAGCAAAAUUGAAAAGCAUUAACACUACCAUUAAAGUGGAUGAUGGACAAAAGUAUACACUGUUUAUCAGGCAAGAAUUUGAUCCAUGUAGAGCUGAACUGACUAUUUUAGGAAGGACUAUGAAAACAAGUGAAUCUAUCAAUCACAUAUCUGGAAAACCCUUGCCAGAAUCAGGAUCUGUCUUUAUUGGUGGUUUUCCAUAUCUUCGUGGAACAAACCAGAUUUCUGGGCCAUUGGAGAAUUUUACUGGCUGCAUAGAAGUUAUGGAAAUCAAUAACUGGGAAUCUUUCAUCCCAUCCAAGGCAGUGAAAAAAAUUCACAUUGAAAAUUGCAGAUCCCAGGAGUCCACUCUGUCUACAGUGUCUUCUGUUGCUCCUUCUAGUGCAACAGAAGGGGUUGACUCCACGUGGACCUCCCUCGGCACCCCUCCUGUAGCGCCACCCGUGUGCCAGGAGAACCUGUGUUACAAUGGAGGCACUUGUCAUCCUGUCUCCCUCUCCAGCGGUACCUUCUCAUUCCACUGUGACUGUCCGCUACAUUUUACUGGCCGUUUCUGUGAACAAGGUGCAGGUUUACUUUUUCCAUCUUUCAGUGGGAAUUCCUAUCUAGAAUUACCUUUUUUUAUAACCCUGGAUGAGUUCACAUGUGUUCCAGGGAAAGAACAUAACAGAACUGUUACCAUCUACUUGACUAUAAAAACAAACACUUUGAAUGGAACUAUUCUCUACAGUAGUGAGAAAAAUACCGGACAACAGUUUCUUCAUUUAUUUCUCAUGGAUGGAAGGCCCACAGUUAAAUAUGGAUGUGGAAGUUCUCACAAUAUCUUGACUCUUUCUGCUAAUUAUAGCAUUAACACAAAUGCAUUCAUCCCUAUCACAAUACGCUACACAAUCCCUGUGGGCAGCUCUCAGAGUGUGUGUAUGAUUGAAGUGACUGCAGAUGGAAAACCUCCAAUACUGAAGAAAGACACAGAGAUAUCCCAUGUGUCUCAGGUGCAUUUUGAAUCAAUGUACCUUGGCCAUAUCCCAGAAGAUGUUAAGAUCCAUAAGAAUGCAGGUCACAUUUAUGGGUUCAAUGGCUGCAUUCAAGAGCUUCAAGUAAACAACAAAGAAUUCUUCAUCAUUGAUGAAGCACUACGUGGAAAGAACAUCGAGAACUGCCAUGUCCCAUGGUGUGUUCGUCAUCUAUGCCACAACAAUGGCACCUGCAUCAGUGACAGUGAAAACUGGUUUUGUGAGUGUCCAAGGCUGUACUCAGGCAGGAUGUGCCAGUUUGCAACCUGUGAAAACAGUCCAUGUGGAAACGGUGCCACCUGUGUUCCUAAAUCCAGGAUAGAUUCCCUCUGCCUCUGCCCUUAUGGGAGGUCUGGGCUCCUCUGCACGGAAGCUGUUAAUAUUACUCAGCCCAGGUUCAGUGGCACAGAUGCCUUUGGAUACACUUCAUUCCUGGCUUAUUCACGGAUCCCGGACAUCGGCUUCGAUUAUGAAUUCCACUUGAAGUUUCAGCUGGCAAAUAAUCACUCAGCACUGCAAAAUAACUUAAUAUUUUUCACUGGACAGAAGGGCCAUGGGUUGGACAGCGAUGACUUCCUGGCCGUGGGUCUGCGUGAGGGCAGUGUGGUUUACACCUACAACCUGGGAGCGGGCACAGCAAGUAUCAGCAGUGGUCCCCUCGAUCUGAGCCUUGGCAUCCACACAGUCCGUCUGGGGAGGUUCUUCCAGAUGGGCUGGCUGAAGGUAGAUGAUCAUAAAAAUAAGUCCAUCGUCUCCCCAGGAAGACUGGUUGGUCUCAAUGUUGUCAGUCAGUUUUAUGUAGGUGGCUACAGUGAAUACAUACCAGAUCUCUUACCCCAUGGAGCCGAUUUUAAAAAUGGCUUUCAAGGUUGCAUUUUCACUAUUCAAGUUCGCACUGAGAAGAAUGGCCACUUCAGAAGCCUGGGAAAUCCUGAGGGCCACCCAGACGCUGGGCGCAGCAUUAGCCAGUGUGACGUUUCUCCUUGCAGUUUAAUGAAAUGCAGCAAUGGUGGGACAUGUGUGGAGAGUGCAUCCACUGUCCACUGUGACUGCCUCCCUGGGUGGAAAGGAGAUCUCUGCACGGAGACAGUUUCCACCUGUGACCCUGAACAUGACCCUCCACACCACUGUAGCAAAGGAGCAACUUGUGUUUCAUUGCCUCAUGGGUAUACCUGUUCCUGUCCUCUGGGAACCACUGGAAUCCACUGUGAACAAGCUUUAUCUAUAAGUGAUCCAUCUUUCAGAAGCCAUGAAUUAUCCUGGAUGUCUUUUGCUUCCUUCCGUAUUCAGAAAAAGACACAUAUUCAGUUGCAGUUUCAGCCUCUUUCUGCAGAUGGCAUCUUAUUUUAUGUUGCACAGCACUUAAAAGCACAAUCAGGUGAUUUUUUAUGUAUCUCCUUAGUAAAUGGUUCUGUUCAACUUCGCUACAACCUUGGUGACAGAACUAUCGUUCUAGAAACUCUCCAAAAAGUGACUACUAAUGGAAGUAUUUGGCAUGUGAUUAAAGCAGGAAGAGUUGGUGCGGAAGGCUACCUGGAUCUGGAUGGGAUAAAUGUAACAGAAAAAGCCAAUGCAAAAAUGAGCUCCCUGGACACAAAUACUGACUUCUAUGUUGGAGGAAUGCCAUCUUUAAAUCUUGUAAAUCCUAUGUCAAUAGCAAAUGAACCUGCAGGUUUUCAGGGCUGUGUCCGAGAAGUUAUUAUAAAUAAUCAAGAGUUAAAAUUAACUGAAUUAGGAGCAAAAAGUGGAGCAAAUGUAGGUGACUGUGAUGGGACCCCCUGUGGGUACAAGGUGUGCAGAAAUAGGGGUGAAUGUAUAGUAAAUGGCACAACUUUUUCUUGCAAAUGUUUGCCACAUUGGACUGGAAAUACAUGUAACCAGUCUGCGCACUGUUCAAAUAAUCUUUGUCUCCACCAAUCUCUAUGUAUACCCGACCAAUCAUUUUCUUACAAUUGUUUCUGUGCUUUGGGUUGGGUGGGAAAGUAUUGUGAAAACAAAACUUCAUUUUCAACUGCAAAAUUUAUGGGUAAUUCUUAUAUUAAAUACAUUGAUCCAGAUUACAGAAUGAGAAACCUUCAGUUCACUACUAUAUCCUUAAAUUUCAGUACUACUGAAACAGAAGGCUUAAUUGUAUGGAUAGGAAAAGCUCAAAAGGAAGAAAAUGAUUUUCUGGCAAUUGGUCUCCAUAAUCAGUCCUUGAAAAUAGCAGUUAACUUAGGAAAAAGCGUAUCUGUGCCUAUGAUCUAUAGCAAUGGCACAUUCUUUUGUAAUAAAUGGCACCAUGUAAGUGUAAUUCAAAAUCAGACUGUUAUUAAGGCCUACCUAGAUAACAACCUAAUUCUCUUGGAGGAUAUUGAUCCACACAAAAAAUUUGUUGAUUUAAACUAUGAUGGCAUUAGUUAUCUAGGGGGCUUUGAAUAUGGCCGAAAGGUAAAUACUGUUACUCAAGAGAUUUUUAAAAGAGAUUUUGUUGGAAAAAUUAAAGAUGUAUUUUUUCAGGACUCAAAAAAAAUUGAGUUAAUUAAAUCAGAAGGAUAUAAUGUUUUUAAUGGAGAUGAACAAAAUUAAUGACAUAAAUACUGGUAAUUUUGAUAUACAAAAUAUAUAUGUAACUGUAUUUUGAUAACUAUUUGUGGCACAUUGUUUACUAGAAAUCAGCUAUUUAUUAUUAACUGAAAUAGUCUAAAUGCUAACAUACCUUAUUUAUAAGCUUAUAAAAUAUAGCUAAAGAAAUGAUUUUGGUUGGUUUUCCUAUAUCCAAUAUCUAUAAACAUGUUGAUUCGAAAGUUUUCACUCCAUUAGUUCAUGUAGUGUUUAUUCAUCUGUGAAUUGGUUUUAAAUGAUACAAAGAAAAAUAAAAUAAAAAGCAAAUUAUUAACCAAAGGAAAAAUAAAAAUUAUAUAAGAAAAAAACUACACAAUCAUA